AUGCCCAAGCGUCCUCUUGAUGAUGCUGUGGCCAGGCAGCUUCCAAGUAAGAGACGGCGGGACUUGGAGACUUCCCCACUUGAUCGAUUAUCCUUGUUGAGCGAUGAACUGCUUCUUCAAAUCCUGUCUUUUCUUCCCAUCUCGUCUUUGAAUGUCUGCCAAAGGUUGUCUCGUCGGUUCCAUAGGCUUGCUGGAGAUUCUGAGCUAUGGAAACGACAAUACUAUGUGCAAUGGGUUCGUCCUCGGGCUCGACGAUUAGCGAAUGUCACUCGAGCAUCUCUUCCAUCAAAAGCCCCGCCAAAUAAGUCGGAAUACUCACCGAGAGUUUCAACAUGGCUUGAUCACAGUCAUCUGGCUGAGGAUGGGAGGACCACAAAUUGGAAAGGCCAGUACCGUCUUCGGCAUAAUUGGUCCACGGGAGUCUGUCGGGUUACCGAAGUCCACUUCACCGAAUCUCAGACGCCGCCUAUAUUGGUUAAGCUUUGCGCUGGCGUUGUCUUCACCGCUGAUACAGAGCAUGGACUUAGGGCAUGGGCGGCCAAAGACCCUGCACAUUGCUUUGCGGAGAUGAGUCUUUCAAAUUCAAUCACAAAGACCUCUAUUGUUCCAACUGCUCUUGCCGUCAGCAGGAGUAUUGAUGAACACGAAGUCGUGAUCGGGUUCAAGGACGGCCAUGUUCGUCGCUAUGCGUUCGACGACCAAAAGUCACGACUGCGGCUAGUCUCCAGUCACACAGAGUUAACCCAUGGAGCCAUCACUGCCAUGGCUCUAUCAUUUCCAUAUCUCAUGAUCGUGUCUCAGAAUGAAAGCUUGUCUCUUUACAAUCUACGAGAGCUCUCUCAUACAUCGGUGCUUUCAGGCCAAGCCAUCCCGCCGCGGAAAUUGGCCUCGCUAAACGCAGCGAAUAUGGUCGCACCGAUGACACUGUCUCUGCGCAAAUCUGGCGUACGAGUUGUGGCUACGAUUGUGUACAGUUUCUUUCAUAUCAGCUGUGGUUGGUCCCUAGGUAUUCAAGAACUGAGAUUCGAUCGAAACGGUCAGCAAGUGGAAUCUCGGUUGACGAGCACUGUGGACUCUCAGCACGAGACACUGUCAAGAAGAGACCGCACAGGCCCACGCGAUCGACGGCAUUCCACAGAGCAUGAAGCGAGUGAAGGUCGUGCUAUGCUAGAUCCCAGCGAGCCAACGAUUGUGCAUUCUCAUCCGCCCACAUCUAUAUCCUACUCUCAUCCAUAUCUGCUCACCUCUCACAAGGACAACACUUUGACCAUGUACCUUGUCGUAUCGGAUAAUCACCGUCUCUUUGUUCGCGGUGGCCAGCGACUCUGGGGCCACACGUCUUCAGUUUCUGCGGUCCAAGUGACGAAUCGGGGAAAGGCCAUAUCCGUGAGCGGGCGAGGGGACGAGGUUCGGGUUUGGGAACUUGAACCUGCGGUGCGCUCGAUCGGUAGCCGACCACUAUUGCACGAUGAGAAUAGCAUCAAAGUUCACCCAGAACAUUCCGAUCGGGCUGAAUCGGAUGCGGAUUCCGCGCCGGGCGGCCUCGACCGAGACAAUCGUCAUGCGGGACGAGACACGCAACCUACGGGCGAGUUGUCCAUGAUACAUGAUUGUGUUGGCUUUGACGAGGAGCGAGUUCUCUUGCUCCGUGAGAAAACUGUUGGCACACAGCUUCUGGAAUGCUACGACUUUACCUAG